GUGCACGAGGCAUAUGAAUCAGAGGGCAUUGGUUAUAUCUUCAUGGACCACGUGCCAGGCAAGCCGUUGUCGCACAUAUGGAAGCAGCUCUCGCCAGUCGACAGAAGUUCGUUGGUGAGCCAACUACGAGACAUCGUGCAGGAACUUUUUGGUGCUCUUUGGGAAAAGCCAUGCAUGGAUGUCUUCUUCAUGCAUUUUCCGUUCAAGAAUGUCAAAAUAUCGUACGGACCGUUCAGGGAUCGCCGAGAGUAUAAUCAGGGACUUAUCGAUGCAUUGCACAACGCGCGCCCAGAGGGCGGAUUCGAUGAUGUCGAGCAAGAUGUGGCUGAGCAGCUUCUUCGACUCACGGACGACACCAAAGUCUUCUCACACGGAGACUUGCGUCCUGGCAACAUUCUCGUGGACGAGCAAACGAAUCGCAUCACAGGUAUCAUUGAUUGGGAAGGUGCCGGCUUCAGUAUUCGCGGCAGAGAAUACUUUGAGGCCAAGUGUCGGGCUUGGGCUCGUGAGCCAACAUGGGGUGCAGCACUUGAUGAAAUUUUCGAUGAGAACGAGCGAGACAACUAUGAAGUUUUCGAACGACUCAACCAAACGCUGACAAGAUAUACAGGUGUCUGA